AUGGCAACAGUGAACUGUUCGAAUUCAGAGGCCCUUGGUAUGCAGGACGGAACAAUCCCUAAUGAUCACAUCACGGCGUCCAGCGGGGAUGGCUGUUGUCUUGCCUGGAUGGCACGCCUCCACAAUAAUAUUGCAUGGGUACCACUGAAAUGCUUGGAUGCCUGGAUCGAGGUGGACCUCCUUCAGAGUACAGUGGUGUCUGGGGUCACCACACAAGGAUGGCAGAAAUCCACACGCAGUUCGUUGGUAACAACGAAGUACAAGGUGGCAUAUAAGAAGCAGCCCUCAUAUGAAUCUGAACGUGUCAAAGAUGUGAACGGAGACAUCAAGGUGUUCGUCGGUAACACAAAUAGCAACACCCGGUCACUCGCCUGUUCGAUGAGAGUGUGGUGGCGACGGUUAUAUACAUCGAGCCUUCUGAAUGUCCGAAUUGGUAGGCCGACCGUGCCAUUGAUGGAUUUGAAAUGUGACUUCGAUUCCUACAACCUAUGUCGAUUCAACAACAGCCAGAACGAUGACUUCGAUUGGACACUCGAUAACGGUGGCACACCCAGCUCAGGCACUGGGCCUAAUGCAGACCACACUCUAGGAACUUCAAAUGGUGUCUACAUCUACACUGAAGCAUCGAUUCCAAGACUUCCAUCCGAUAAAGCUCGACUAGACAGCCCCAAAGCCAUUGCACCUGCCACUGGUGCGUGUGUCAGAUUUUGGUACCACAUGUACGGAACAGGCAUGGGAUCAUUGACGGUCUACACAGGUGAUGGUCAAGGUGGUCUUGGCCCUGCCCGCUGGUCAGCGAAUGGUACCUCUGGUAACAAGUGGUUCGACGCAUCAAUAGAUAUUGACCCUGGGGUUGAAUUUCAGGUGUCUUUUGUGGGUGAAUGUGGAAGUGAUUUUACAAGUGACAUAGCUAUUGAUGACAUCAGCGUUCAUGAAGAAAAAUGUAGACCGACCGUGCCAUUGAUGGAUUUGAAAUGUGACUUCGAUUCCUACAACCUAUGUCGAUUCAACAACAGCCAGAACGAUGACUUCGAUUGGACACUCGAUAACGGUGGCACACCCAGCUCAGGCACUGGGCCUAAUGCAGACCACACUCUAGGAACUUCAAAUGGUGUCUACAUCUACACUGAAGCAUCGAGUCCAAGACUUCCAUCCGAUAAAGCUCGACUAGACAGCCCCAAAGCCAUUGCACCUGCCACUGGUGCGUGUGUCAGAUUUUGGUACCACAUGUACGGGACAGGCAUGGGAUCAUUGACGGUAUACACAGGUGAUGGUCAAGGUGGUCUUGGCCCUGCCCGCUGGUCAGCGAAUGGUACCUCUGGUAACACGUGGUUGGAAGCAGCAAUAGAUAUUGCUCCUGGGAUUGAAAUUCAGGUUUCUUUUGUUGGUGAACGCGGAAAUGAUUUCACAGGUGACAUGGCUGUUGAUGACAUCAGCGUUGAUGAAGGCCAAUGUAACCCAACUGUGCCAUUGCCAGUCUUGAAUUGUGACUUCAAUUCCAACAACCUUUGUCAAUUCAUAAACAACCAGAACGAUGACUUUGAUUGGACACUCAAUGACGGCAACACCCCAAGCACAGAUACUGGGCCUGACUCAGACCACUCUACAACAAAUUCAAGUGGUUUCUACAUCUACACUGAAGCAUCGAGUCCAAGACUUCCAUCCGAUAAAGCUCGACUAGACAGCCCCAAAGCCAUUGCACCUGCCACUGGUGCGUGUGUAAGAUUUUGGUACCACAUGUACGGGGCAGACAUGGGAUCAUUGACGGUAUACACAGGUGAUGGCCAAGGUGGUCUUGGCCCUGCCUGCUGGUCAGCAAGUGGUAAUGCUAGUAACAAGUGGUUCGACGCAUCAAUAGAUAUUGACCCUGGGGUUGAAUAUCAGGUGUCUUUUGUGGGUGAACGUGGAAGUGAUUUUACAAGUGACAUAGCUAUUGAUGACAUCAGCUUUCAUGAAGAAAAAUGUAGGCCGACCGUGCCAUUGAUGGAUUUGAAAUGUGACUUCGAUUCCUACAACCUUUGUCAAUUCAACAACAGCCAGAAUGAUGACUUCGAUUGGACACUGGAUAGCGGUGGCACCGGCAGCUCAGGCACUGGGCCUAAUGCAGACCACACUCUAGGAACUUCAAAUGGUGUCUACAUCUACACUGAAGCAUCGAGUCCAAGACUUCCAUCCGAUAAAGCUCGACUAGACAGCCCCAAAGCCAUUGCACCUGCCACUGGUGCGUGUGUCAGAUUUUGGUACCACAUGUACGGGGCAAACAUGGGAUCAUUGACGGUAUACACAGGUGAUGGUCAAGGUGGUCUUGGCCCUGCCCGUUGGUCAGCGAAUGGUACAUCUGGUAACAAGUGGUUGGACGCAGCAAUAGAUAUUGCUCCUGGGAUUGAAGUUCAGGUUUCUUUUGUUGGUGAACGCGGAAAUGAUUUCACAGGUGACAUGGCUGUGGAUGACAUCAGCGUUGAUGAAGGCCAAUGUAACCCAACCGCGCCAUUGCCAGUCUUGAAUUGUGACUUCAAUUCCAACAACCUUUGUCAAUUCAUAAACAACCAGAACGAUGACUUUGAUUGGACACUCAAUAACGGCAACACCCCAAGCACAGAUACUGGGCCUGACUCAGACCACUCUACAACAAAUUCAAGUGGUUUCUACAUCUACACUGAAGCAUCGAGCCCAAGACUUCCAUCCGAUAAAGCUCGACUAGACAGCCCGAAAGCCAUUGCACCUGCCACUGGUGCGUGUGUAAGAUUUUGGUACCACAUGUACGGGGCAGACAUGGGAUCAUUGACGGUAUACACAGGUGAUGGCCAAGGUGGUCUUGGCCAUGCCCGCUGGUCAGCAAGUGGUAAUGCUAGUAACAAGUGGUUCGACGCAUCAAUAGAUAUUGACCCUGGGGUUGAAUAUCAGGUGUCUUUUGUGGGUGAACGUGGAAGUGAUUUUACAAGUGACAUAGCUAUUGAUGACAUCAGCGUUCAUGAAGAAAAAUGUGGGCCGACCGUGCCAUUGAUGGAUUUGAAAUGUGACUUCGAUUCCUACAACCUAUGUCAAUUCAACAACAGCCAGAAUGAUGACUUCGAUUGGACACUGGAUAGCGGUGGCACCGGCAGCUCAGGCACUGGGCCUAAUGCAGACCACACUCUAGGAACUUCAAAUGGUGUCUACAUCUACACUGAAGCAUCGAGUCCAAGACUUCCAUCCGAUAAAGCUCGACUAGACAGCCCCAAAGCCAUUGCACCUGCCACUGGUGCGUGUGUCAGAUUUUGGUACCACAUGUACGGGGCAGACAUGGGAUCAUUGACGGUAUACACAGGUGAUGGUCAAGGUGGUCUUGGCCCUGCCCGUUGGUCAGCGAAUGGUACCUCUGGUAACAAGUGGUUGGACGCAGCAAUAGAUAUUGCUCCUGGGAUUGAAGUUCAGGUUUCUUUUGUUGGUGAACGCGGAAAUGAUUACAAAGGUGACAUGGCUGUUGAUGACAUCAGCGUUGAUGAAGGCCAAUGUAACCCAACCGUGCCAUUGCCAGUCGUCUUGAAUUGUGACUUCAAUUCCAACAACCUUUGUCAAUUCAUAAACAACCAGAACGAUGACUUUGAUUGGACACUCAAUAACGGCAACACCCCAAGCACAGAUACUGGGCCUGACUCAGACCACUCUACAACAAAUUCAAGUGGUUUCUACAUCUACACUGAAGCAUCGAGCCCAAGACUUCCAUCCGAUAAAGCUCGACUAGACAGCCCGAAAGCCAUUGCACCUGCCACUGGUGCGUGUGUAAGAUUUUGGUACCACAUGUACGGGGCAGACAUGGGAUCAUUGACGGUAUACACAGGUGAUGGUCAAGGUGGUCUUGGCCCUGCCCGCUGGUCAGCAAGUGGUAAUGCUAGUAACAAGUGGUUCGACGCAUCAAUAGAUAUUGACCCUGGGGUUGAAUAUCAGGUGUCUUUUGUGGGUGAACGUGGAAGUGAUUUUACAAGUGACAUAGCUAUUGAUGACAUCAGCGUUCAUGAAGAAAAAUGUAGUGGGCCGACCGUGCCAUUGAUGGAUUUGAAAUGUGACUUCGAUUCCUACAACCUAUGUCAAUUCAACAACAGCCAGAAUGAUGACUUCGAUUGGACACUGGAUAGCGGUGGCACCGGCAGCUCAGGCACUGGGCCUAAUGCAGACCACACUCUAGGAACUUCAAAUGGUGUCUACAUCUACACUGAAGCAUCGAGUCCAAGACUUCCAUCCGAUAAAGCUCGACUAGACAGCCCCAAAGCCAUUGCACCUGCCACUGGUGCGUGUGUCAGAUUUUGGUACCACAUGUACGGGGCAGACAUGGGAUCAUUGACGGUAUACACAGGUGAUGGUCAAGGUGGUCUUGGCCCUGCCUGUUGGUCAGCGAAUGGUACCUCUGGUAACAAGUGGUUGGACGCAGCAAUAGAUAUUGCUCCUGGGAUUGAAGUUCAGGUUUCUUUUGUUGGUGAACGCGGAAAUGAUUACAAAGGUGACAUGGCUGUUGAUGACAUCAGCGUUGAUGAAGGCCAAUGUAACCCAACCGUGCCAUUGCCAGCCUUGAAUUGUGACUUCGAUUCAAACAACCUUUGUCAAUUCAUAAACAGUAAGAAUGAUGACUUUGAUUGGACACUCUAUAAGGACACCACCCCAAGCGUAGACACUGGGCCUGACGCAGACCACACUACACGAAAUUCAAGUGGUUUCUACAUCUACACUGAAGCAUCUGCUCCCAGAGUUGCAUUCCAUAAAGCUCGACUAGACAGCCCCAAAGCCAUUGCACCUGCCACUGGUGCGUGUGUCAGAUUUUGGUACCACAUGUUCGGGGUAGACGUGGGAUCAUUGACGGUAUACACAGGUGAUGGUCAAGGUGGUCUUGGCCCUGCCCGCUGGUCAGCGAAUAGUAACUCUGGUAAACUGUGGAUCGAGACAGCAAUAGAUAUUGCCUCUGGGGUUGAUUUCCAGGUGUCUUUUGUGGGCGUACGUGGAAGUGACGACAAGGGUGACAUUGCUAUUGAUGACAUCAGCUAUCAUGAAGAAAAAUGUAGGCCGACCGUGCCAUUGAUGGAUUUGAAAUGUGACUUCGAUUCCUACAACCUAUGUCAAUUCAGCAACAGCCAGAACGAUGACUUUGAUUGGACUCUCAAUCGCGGUGGCACCCCCAGCUUAGACACUGGGCCUAUUGCAGACCACACUCUAGGAACUUCAAAUGGUUUCUACAUCUACACUGAGACAUCUGAUCCCAGAGUUGCAUCCGAUAAAGCUCGACUAGACAGCCCCAAAGCAAUUGCACCUGCCACUGGUGCGUGUGUCAGAUUUUGGUACCACAUGUACGGGGCAGACAUGGGAUCAUUGACGGUAUACACAGGUGAUGGUCAAGGUGGUCUUGGCCCCGCCCGCUGGUCAGCAAAUGGUACCUCUGGUAACAAGUGGUUGGACGCAGCAAUAUAUAUUGCUUCUGGGAUGGAAGUUCGGGUUUCUUUUGUUGGUGAACGCGGAAAUGAUUACAGAGGUGACAUGGCUGUUGAUGACAUCAGCGUUGAUGAAGGCCCUUGUAACCCAACUGUGCCAUUGCCAGCCUUGAAUUGUGACUUCAAUUCCAACAAUCUUUGUCAAUUCAUAAACAACCAAAAAGAUGACUUUGAUUGGACACUCAAUAACGGCUACACCCCAAGCUCAGAUACCGGGCCUGACUCAGACCACUCUACAACAAAUUCAAGUGGUUUCUACAUCUUCACUGAAGCAUCGAGUCCAAGAUUUCCAUCCGAUAAAGCUCGACUAGACAGCCCCAAAGCAAUUGCACCUGCCACUGGUGCGUGUGUCAGAUUUUGGUACCACAUGUACGGGGCACACAUGGGAUCAUUGACGGUAUACACAGGUGAUGGUCAAGGUGGUCUUGGCCCUGCCCGCUGGUCAGCAAGUGGUAACGCUAGUAACAACUGGUUCGACGCAUCAAUAGAUAUUGACCCUGGGAUUGAAUUUCAGGUGUCUUUUAUGGGUGAACGUGGAAGUGAUUUUACAAGUGACAUAGCUAUUGAUGACAUCAGCGUCCAUGAAGAAAUAUGUGGGCCGACCGUGCCAUUGAUGGAUUUGAAAUGUGACUUCGAUUCCUACAACCUAUGUCAAUUCAACAACAGCCAGAAUGAUGACUUCGAUUGGACACUCGAUAGCGGUGGCACCUCCAGCUCAAGCACUGGGCCCAAUGCAGACCACACUCAAGGAAAUUCAAAUGGUGUCUACAUCUACACUGAAGCAUCGAGUCCAAGACUUCCAUCCGAUAAAGCUCGACUAGACAGCCCCAAAGCCAUUGCACCUGCCACUGGUGCGUGUGUCAGAUUUUGGUACCACAUGUACGGGACAGGCAUGGGAUCAUUGACGGUCUACACAGGUGAUGGUCAAGGUGGUCUUGGCCCUGCCCGCUGGUCAGCGAGUGAUAACUACGGAAACAAGUGGUUGGACGCAUCAAUAGAUAUUGCCUCUGGGCUCGAAUUUCGGGUGAUUUUCAUUGGCGAACGUGGAAGUGAUUACCAUGGUGACAUGGCACUUGAUGACAUCAGCGUUGAUGAAGGAAAAUGUGGUGUGUAA